UUACGUACGGCGUCUGAUAACCGACGCCAUCUAACGUCCUGGCAUUCCUGUCUGUGUUUUUCGUGCAUUAAGAGUAGUUGUUAAUCUAUAACAAAUCAUAUUAAUAAAACGCGUAUUACCACAUUAUAUAUAUUAAUUAUUACCACAAUAGUGUUUAAAAAUAAAUAAUUGUUAUUUAUCAAUAAUGUAUCGCAGUAACCUAAUUAUAUGGUAGCUGCUAAGCGGGAAUUAUACGCGGGAAAAUUUUUCUCUACGUAGAAGAUGAGUUAACCGUGGCGCUAGAUCGUAGCCAACAACUACGAAGCAACAUCAUCAUAUAACAUUAACAUCAUUCACCUACGCUUAUAUUUUUUUUAUAACUAUUUUUUAAAAAAGGUUAACAAAUAAUUAUAAUUAUUUGUACUUGUGGUUUUAGAAGCAGUGCCUAAAAAAGGCACAUUUAGGGUAUGAGUACAUCGACGAUGCCAGGAGUAGGAUCAACACCACCCUCGUCGGGACACUCGAUGCUACCGAUGAAUGUUAUGGCACAAAAAGUAAUGCCAGGUGGUGAUCCUGGUUCAAUGAAACCACUCAGUGGCACUAAUUUGAGUUACGUUACACUGCAACCCGCAAGCCAACCUCUUAGUUUGGUUCAGGAUCACAGGUCACAAGUUUAUCCGUCAACACCUUAUAAUCAAUCGACAUCAACACCAGCAACAGCAGCAGCGCCUAGUAAUAUUAAUCCAGCUUCUGAAAGAGAAAUUAGUGAAUCAACAGAUAGUAAAUCUGUACAAAAUGGGUUGGAGAGUAGUGUAAAAGCAGGAGUGACAGCUGCUGCUGAUCAAGAAUCUAAUUUACAAUCUAAACAAAAUCAAGAAGCUAAUAGAAAUAAUAAUAUAAGUCCUGAAAGUUCAUCGAUUGAAAGCCAAGAUGACAUUAAAUCUGAUCCACAACCAUCAACAUUUACUGAUAAUUCUGCAGCUGUAAAUAUGACACAGAAAACUGAGGAAAAGAAAAUCCCGGUUAAUAAUGGCACAAAAGAAGCUGAUAAUUCAUCGUCAUCGACGUUAACGUCAAUACAAAAUAAAGUAUCUCCAGCGCAAAAACUAGAUGACACGCAGCCUAAAGUUGACGCUAGUGGUAGUGUUAAAAAAUUACCUACAACACCAACAAAAGCAACUGCUAAUGAAACUAGUUCACCAACAACAACAAUGACUAAAGCUGAACAAAAAAUAAAUUCACCUGUACGAACUCCAAAACGUAAAUCUCGUGAAUUAAAAGAUUUAAAAAGUCCAGCCGCUGAAAGUGGUAGCAAACCUAAAAGAAAUCGAGUUCAGACUCAACCUUAUCAGAGUCCUUUACCAGAAAUAGCGUUGAUUGUUAAGCAGACUCUUAAUAAAACGCCUGCUAAUAAAAAUCCUGAUGAUAAACUCAUCGUAUUUUACAAGAAUGAAUUUUUAGCAGUGCGUAAUGCUGAAGGUAGUUUUUAUGUAUGUCAAGCAAUGCAAAAUAUUUACAAGUCUAGUCGACGUAUUCGCAUACGCUGGCUUUCCCAGGAUAAAAAUAAUGGAGAAAUUUAUUCACCUGAUUUUUAUGAUUUUACUGAUUUUGAUUGUAUACUGACGAAUUUAAAUUUAAACAAAGUUGACAAAAAUAAAUAUCAAUUAACCAAAUUUGAAUUAUUGCGUACGGAAAAUAUAUUAAAACGUGCUAUUGAUGUUGAGGCUGGUGUUUCUGAAAAACCUAGUGUAACGGAAGAACAUCCGGACGGAUUGGACUUGUCGCUGUAUAAAGACGAAUCGCAACUAAAGAGGAGAAAAGGAUCAAGUAACUCAAAGCAACGUCAACGUAAAAGGUCAAAACGUGAAUCAUCAAGUUCAUCAUCGUCUUCCUCAUCCUCCUCGGAAGAUGAUAGCAGUGAUGAAGAGCCUGAAAAAAAAUCAACAACAGCAACAGCAACGACAACUACCACAACACCUAAAUCAAAUCGUGUUAAAAAACGUCCAGCGACAAAUAACAAAGCACUGGCUAUUGCCAAAUCAGUAGCUAAUGUAUCAAGUCGUUCUAAACGAAUUUUAAAUCGUGGUAAUAAAAUAGAUUCCGUUAAUGACAAUACGACGAAUUCCGGAAACACAAAUACCAGUAGUGGAAUUGCUACUGGGACAGAUGUCGGUGCUGAUGCCAAUACUGCUGCUGGUAAACGUGCCAUUAAUACUGAUGUCAAAAAAGCCGAAGCGAAAAAAACAACAAAACCUCCUCCGUCAAAUCCAAGCUCAACGUCAAGAACGAAAUUACGUGGGUCAGCACAAACUGUCGAGACGAGCAGUAAUAAUUCAACAAGACGUGGAAAGCGAUUGGCUGCUGCUACUACCGGGGUGACAUCAACUGAGGAUUCGUCUGAAAAAAAAUCACGUAGCAGAGUGUAAUAAUAAAUUGAUAAUUAAUAAUAAAUGCAUUUUUAAUUGA